GGAGACGAAUCGACAGGGAGCUGAGCCAUGGACGAGCCCGGUCCGGUCUGUGCUGAAGAGUCGCAAACGUGAAUUGAACUAUUCCUACCCGUGGUGGACUGCCGCAAGCAUGAGUUGGAGCCUGCUCAACGAUGUCCUUAAGAAUGUGGCCAAGUAUGAAACGCAAGUCGGAAAGGUCUGGCUGUCGGUGCUGCUCAUCUUCCGGCUGCUGGUGCUCGUCGCCGUGGCGGACAAGGUCUACUCGGACGAGCAGAAGGAGUUCGAGUGCAACACGCGGCAGCCGGGAUGCAAGACCGUGUGCUACGACGCCUUCUUCCCUGUGUCGCACAUCCGCUUCUGGGCCAUCCAGCUGGUGCUCGUGUCCACGCCCACUAUGCUCGUGCUCAUGCACGUGGCGGCGCGGCGAUUCCGGAACAAGUUCAAAGGCCGUGAGGACCUGGACAAGAUGGAGGGGGGCCUGGUGUGGACCUACCAGCUGAGCGUGAUAUGCCGAGUGGUCGUCGAGGUGGGCUCCGCCUACCUCUUCUGGAGGUUCUGCUCGCCCCUGGGCCUCAUUCUGCCCAUGGUGGCCCAGUGCUCAGUGGCCCCGUGCCCCAACUCGGUCGACUGCUUCGUGUCGCGCCCCUCCGAGAAGACCGUCUUCAUCAUCUUCAUGCUUACCGUGUCCGGGAUCUGCCUCUUCCUCAACCUCAUUGAGCUCUUCUACAUCCCCAUCAAGUACUGGCUGGCACCGUUAAUCUGCAACACACGCCAGAAUGUCAGCCUCCGCGAGUCGCCCCUCUCGGCGGUGCGGAGCGACUCGACGCGCUCGGCCCCCGACGACAGGGCCGGAGCCUGCUGCAGCUGCCGCUGCGACUGCACGUGUCACCCGGCCCGCGGCAGGGCCGAGCUGACCCGCGGCAGCAGCUACGGCGGCGGCUCCGGCGGCUCCGGCGGCGGUGGCUGCGGUGGUGGCAGCCGGAGCUCGGCUUGCGCGGGGCGGCCGAACGGAGUGCUCCCGGGGCGGUGCGUCGUGGUCUUAGGGGCGCAGGACAAGGCCGGCAGGAAGAAGAAGGGCGUGACACGGAUGCAGGCGAUAGAGAUGGGCGAUGGCGAUGGAGGAGGAGGAGGAGGAGGCUUCUCUCCUCCCCCAGUGUCCCCCGCGGCUUCGUUGCUGGUGUCGCCGCGGGCGCCGUACCUGGCGACGCACGGGAAGUGCCGCUCGUGCGGCGAGGAGGUGACGGGGGAAGGUGGCGACGAGGAGGAGCAGGAGGAAGAGGAGGAAGUGGGAGACCGGGCAUUGCUAGGGGCGGGCAAGGGCGGCCGUGGCAAAGAGGGCGCCGUGAGCAAGGAGAGGCGGGCGGGCAGCGUGGGAGAUGGGAAGUGACGAUGCUGACGAUGGCGACGACGGCGACGACGGCGACGAAGAGGGGGGCUCCGUCUCCGUGGAUUUUCUCUGGGUCUGCCCCUGCUUCUGGCACUUGGUUCUCUUGACGUUUGUAUUUUCCGGCAAAGUAAUAAUUCCGCGGGGGCGUGCCAGAGUGGGGCUCUCGCUCGCUCGCUCGCUCUCCCGCGUGCCUGAAGACGAAGCCACGGAACUACUCAGGGAGCGACAACUUUGAGACGGUGACGACGACGUGCCGGUUUUCGGCGGCAGCCGCGCGGUGGUGAGGAGCUGGCGACACCAACGGUUGUCCCCCCCCCCCCCCCCCCGGCCCCCUCCACACCCAAGCUCUCACAGUCCUCUAUAUAUUCCGAUGUUUUCAGCCGAUUAAAUAAGCGCUUAUAUUCGUGUUGGGAGGAAUCCGGAGCGCCUGGACAAAAACAAAAACCCCAGACGUGCACGCGGGGUGGGAGGGUGGGGGGCAACACCUUGCUAUUCCAGAUGGAACAGAUGGGAAUUAGUCCACACACUCUGCUGUAGGAGCGAGUGAGAUGGAAUAGAUUGGGAUUAGUCCACACACUCUGCUGUAGGAGGGAGUGAGAUGGGUACGGCUCCUCCACGACACCCAUCCACGGGUAUAAGAGGGAGUUUCAUAACCCAUCUGUGCGCGGUCCACCAACCCUUGCUCUGCAUGGCACUGGAAACUAACUCAGUCGGCGUCAGGGUCAGGAUGGAACCCACCACCUCUACCAGGCGAUAUAGUUCACAUCUCCUAGCCACCGUGAUGAUCAUGAGAGAGAGAGAGACAAGCAAACUCCAAAUCUACAGCAGCAGGCAU